AUGUCAUACAUAUACAGAGAGCGUGAGCGAGAACGCGACUGGGAUGAACCACGUUCUCCCGUCACGAUCAAACGUUACGUCAUCUCUCCCGAAGAAGAGCGAGAGCGAGAGCGAGACGUUCUUUACCGACGCGAAGAUCCCUUUACUGGCGACCGAGAGUUGGUGAUUCGACGGUCUACAGACCGGGAGGAACCCGUCAUGCUCCAACGUUAUGAGCGUGAUGUCGACUAUGACUCCCGCAGCUAUGACUACCGUUCCGAGAGGGAUUAUUACGAACGUGAGUACAAGGAGCCUGAACUUCUCCAUCGCUAUUAUCCUACCCCCGUUGUCAUUCUUGAGAGGCAACCAGUACUUAUGGUUGAAGCUCGAGGUCCUGUCUACGUCAACCCGCGAGAGUCCGACUAUGAGGUUGUCCACCGCUCAGAAGUGGACCGAGAGCCUGGGUAUUAUUAUCAUCGCCGUGUUCGCGAAUAUGACAAUGACCGUCGGUUUCACCGUGAACUUAGCCCUAGCGACUCAGUGUCCCAGACUACCCGCCGUCGGGAUGACCGGGAUGACCGCGACUAUAGCAGCGAUGAUAGCAUGGUCUACAUCCGCAAAGAGACCCGUGAGUAUGAUGACCACCCGCAUCAUCGACGUCAUCUUGCCGAGGGUGCUUUGGUCGGAAUUGGUGCUGCAGAGUUACUCCGCAAUCGCCGAAAAAAAGAAGGCGAAGAUGUUUCGAGUGGGGUGGGUCGCCUCGGACGGGAUAUUGGUGCUGGUGCCCUGGGUGCUGUAGCAGUGAACGCGGCAUCCCGAGCCAGAGAUUACUAUCGCAGCAAAAGCCGACAUCGCUCGCACUCAUUUGACGAUGAUCGAAGCUCUCGCUCCCAUCACCGUCAUCAUCAUCAUAGUCACAGCCACUCCCGUCGCAGUCGCAGUCGCAGUCACUCUCAUUCUCAUUCCCGGGCAAGAACUUUGGCAGAACUUGGCCUGGGUGCUGCCGCUAUUGCUGGCGCCGUGGCCCUUGCUCGAAACAAAUCUAAAGAUGAGCGACGAAGCCGUUCUCGCCAUCGAAGUAGGUCACGACACCACCGUUCAUCUUCUGUCAGGUCGGGAAAGACUACCGAUGGCGAGAAGCGCAGUGAGUCGCAGCGUAGAAAGCAUAUGGCAGGCGCUGGCUUGGCUGGUGCUGCGGUGGCUGGUCUCGUCGAGAAGGCACGCAGUCGCUCUCGCUCUCGUAAACGUGAGUCGCGAUCCCAUAGCAGGCUCCGAAAGGCUCUUCCUGUCGUAGCAGCUGGCUUGGGCACCGCUGCUGCGACGGGGCUUUACGAAAAGCACAAAGAGAAGCAAGAAGAGGGCGAAGCUUCGCGCCGCAGGGAACGAUCUAGAUCUCGAAGCAGGGCGCCUUCCGAAAUCUACCCUGACCCGACACGGGACUCGGCUGGUUUGAUCGAGUAUGGUCAGGAUCCGGUUCACGGAAGGAUUCCCACGGCGGACUACUACGGGCGGCCUACGAGUCAACAGGCUUAUUACUCCGAUGCUUCUGACCCGGCUGUCAGCGACACGGGAUUUGGCUCGUCACGGCAUCGUGGUCGCAGCAUUAGCCGCAGCCGCAGCCGGAGUCGUGGUGGAAGAUACAGCGGUAGCCCUUCUGGGUCUGAUAGCAGCGAUCGCAGAAGGCGGCGAAGAAGACAAGAUAAGCAUCGUAGCCGGUCUCGUGACUUAGCCGAGGCUGCUUUGGCCGCAACUGGCGUCGGUUAUGCGGCUCAUAAAUAUACGCAGCGGAGAGAGCGGAAGAAGGCGGAGCAAGAGAGGGAAAGGCCAAGAUUCGACGAGGAUGCACGCCAGGACUCGUAUGGCGAACCGUAUAGCCCUGAACCGUAUCAGCACACUGCUCUGCCCCCCCAGUCGAGUGAGCAUCAAUACUACCCUAAUACCAAUUACUUUCCACCACCUCCUGGAUCCGCCCCUCGACCAGCUGGAAGCACCGCCCCGUACAACCCGGCCGAUUACCCUCCUCCCCCUGUCGCUGUUCCACCUUCGCAGCAGUAUGGCUAUCCUCCUCCAGGACCCGAGUCAUUCGUGUCUCGACCCCGGAGGGCAGAUGAGAAUGGACGAUUGCCAAUGCACCAGAGGGAAUUCUAA